AUGGGGCUGGGGUUUGUCUGGCCUGGUGCCGCCCCCAGCCCCUCAGGCACGCCGAGGCUCUUCCCUCGUCCACACGAGGCCCGGGACGAGGCCCGCCGGGCUCCCCUCACUCGAAGGCAGGCCCAGCCCGGGCCUGCUGGGCCGUCCGAGCGGGCGCGGGGGCCCGGCCCGGCCCGGCCCGGCCCGGGGUGCUGGGGGGCGGCGGUACGCCCAGGGUGGUGGGGCCGGGAGCGAGGUGGCGUGGGCACAGAGGGGUCGGUGUGUGGGGACGGGCGGGAGGUGAGGCGAGAGGCCGGUGGGCAGCGGGGGGCAGCGGGACGGGCCACGGCGGCGGGGAGCAGGGCGGACGGCGCCCCGGCGCAACGCGCAUGCGCGCAAGAGGGUGGCGUGAGGGGACGCGGCCUCCGGCCGCCAGGGGGCGCGGUUCGGGCGCCGAGAAGUGGCGGCAGCGGAAGUGAAGGCUCGACGGCGGAAGCGGCGGCGGCGGCGGCGGCGGGGCCGGCAGUGAGAAGAAUGGGCUCCAUGUCGGAGGAACUCAGCCUGGUCCCUCUGCACCGGAGGCCGGAGCUGCUGGAGGCCUGCGCCAAGCUGCUGGGCGAGGAGUGGGGGAAGAGCCGGGCAUCGCGGCUCCACACGCUCCAGCGCUCCUCGGAUGCCUUCCCCAUCUGCCUGCUGCUGCUGCGGAGCCGGGGCCCCGCCGAGGCCCUCGCCGCCCGGGAGGGUCCCUGCCAGCUCGUGGGCCACGUCCGGCUCUCCCGCGUGGCCGGCCGUCCCCGCGACCUCUUCGUGGAGAGCGUGGUGGUGGCCCGGGCGCUGCGGGGCCAGGGCUACGGGCGGCAGCUGAUGGAGGCCACCGAGCGGUGGGCCCGGGCCCGGGGCUUCGGCUGCCUUCAUCUUACUACCCACGACAAGCAGCAUUUCUAUGCCCACCUGGGCUUCGUCCUGGGCGAGCCGGUGCAGAGCGUGGCCUUCCUCAGCCCCGCCCUACCCGCCGAGGUGCUGCGGCUCUUCUCCGCCCCUCCUGGCACUGCCACUGCCACCGCCACCAGGCCAAGGGUGCCCUCUGCCCCCCCUCCUCCCCUCCCGCCCCCUGCCGCUCCCCCCCCGCCCCCCCCGCCAACCGUGAUCUGGGCGAGGGGAGUCCUGGCCGAGAGCAGCGGGCAGAGCCUCCUGGAGACCCCCCACCGCGACGGCAAAGGGCUGCCCAUCUUCUGGAUGAAGAAGGACAUCUGAGGGGCCGGGGCGCCGAGCUGGUGAUUAAAAGCAGUGCGGGCAGGGGCUGCCUGCCCCAGU